AUGGCCAUCAUUGUGGUAUGGCGCUUUUUCUCCCGUGAGCGAGAAUUCGUGACGAAAAAAGAUUUUAAGUUUUUGUUUUUUUUUUGGGGUAGAGAGAGAGAGAGAGAUUGGCUAAGUAGGAGCCAAAUUGCUUUUGGGCCCAAGUAGGAGCCGUAUGUAGGAAUUUGCCAAUUGGUUAGCGCCAUCCCCUCGAAAGGGGCAUCAAUGUGUCUAUAUACUCGGAUGCAAGUCGGCGUAGCCCAAAACCCAGAAUAGCGAGACAGAGAUUCCACAAGCUAUAAUAGUAAGACAAGUGGUUAGCGUGUAUCUAUCAUAUCUAGUCGGCGCAGGGAAGCAACUUAAUCAAUGGCGAAGUUGAACUUAAACCCAGCAAAGUCGGCGGCGGUGGUGUUGGGAGCCCUUGCCAUGGGGUGGCUGACCAUAGAGCUCGCUUUCAAACCCUGGCUCCAGAGAGCUCGAGCGGCCAUGGACAAGUCUGAUCCCGCUCGUGACCCUGAUGACGUCAGCGACAGUGCUGAGAAAACGGACGAGGCCCGCGACGAGCCUCAUGCAUCCGACGCCGACAAGUGAUUACUUCUCCACAUACUUGUUGUUCAACGUGUAACUCAAUUUUCCGCUCUAAUCUGCUUAUGAAUGUUACUGCUACCGGUUCUAUGGUAGUAUUAGUCCAAAAAAAAAAGAAAAAAGAGAAAAAAAAGGUCAUAGCCUUCUCUGUUGCAGGAGAGAUGAGAUAACGAGUACCACCGCAGAAUUUCCAUUAAUACUUACUGGCAAGUCUAAUAUUUUGGAUGCAUCAUCAGCUGUUAUGGAUUGCCUCACUGAUUAAUUCAUAGAAUUUGAAUUUCUUUGUGUUGGCAAUCUUCUGUUUGUGUUUCUCGAUUAAGUGGAUCCUGUGCAUACUUGUUUUUAGGUUUAAUUAUUUAUUAGUCGACUUUGUUGAUUUUUAUAUUUUUUGGGGAUUUUAUAUAUAUGGACGGACUGUGGUAUGUAAGAUGUUAUCAGAGUAGCCUCGUUCAGGUAGCAAAAUUAGGAGGAUGCAAAGCAAUAAAUGCCUUUUGGAUUGA